AAUGUCGCAUAAUGAACGCCCCAUUGACAUCACCGUAGAUGCCGCCAUGCCUCAAUAGUACCAUGGAAGAGCACUGAGUUUGUUAAGGAAAGCACAUCAGCAUUCGACAGGUUCAUUAAUUUAGUUAACUUCCUUUAAGAUUCUUGUGUAAUCUUCAUUGCAUUUCACUAGCUCAAAAACAAAUAACCAUAAUUAAUUUGUUUAUUUUUUUUUUAAAUAGAUGACCAGUUGCCACUUGUGUGCGGCUUUGGACAAUUAUUUUCCCUUCACCUCCCUCCCUUCUCCAACCAACCUCCUAGGACCUACCCACGUCCAACACACUCUCUUCAACUCCCACAAAAGCACACUUAAACACCCCCAAAGCCCACUUAAACACCCCCAAAAGCACACUUAAAUAAUCCCAAAAGCCCACUUAAAUAAUCCCAAAAGCCAACUUAAAUAAUCCCAAAAGCCCAUUUAAACACUCCCAAAAGCCCACUUAAAUAAUCCCAAAAGCCCACUUAAAUAAUCCCAAAAGCCCAUUUAAAUAAUCCCAAAAGCCCAUUUAAAUAAUCCCAAAAGCCCACUUAAAUAAUCCCAAAAGCCCACUUAAAUAUCCCAAAAGCCCAUUUAAACACUCCCAAAAGCCCACUUAAAUAAUCCCAAAAGCCCACUAAAAUAAUCCCAAAAGCCCACUUAAAUAAUCCCAAAAGCCCAUGUAAACAAUCCCAAAAACCCACUUAAAUAAUCCCAAAAGCCCACUUAAAUAAUCCCAAAAGCCCACUUAUAUAUCCCAAAAGCCCAUUUAAACACUCCCAAAAGCCCACUUAAAUAAUCCCAAAAGCCCACUUAAAUAAUCCCAAAAGCCCACUUAAAUAAUCCCAAAAGCCCAUUUAAACACUCCCAAAAGCCCACUUAAAUAAUCCCAAAAGCCCACUUAAAUAAUCCCAAAAGCCCACUUAAAUAAUCCCAAAAGCCCACUUAAAUAAUCCCAAAAGCCCAUUUAAACACUCCCAAAAGCCCACUUAAACCCCCAAAAAUCCCAAUUACACUCCCCAAAAGCCCAAUUAAACCAUUUACCAACCCUGCCCGCCCUCUAACAGUAUCACAACACCUCCCAAGAAGUAUGCCCCCUCAUCCAGUGUUAAGCCUAUGGCGCUGCGGCUAGAGUGGACACUUUUGGGCUCCAUAUAUAUAACAUUGUGUAAAUUAUAUGAAUUUUACUGUUGGGGGGGGGGGGCACGUUUGUGAAUUCACCCCAGGUGGCUCCGAGUCUUGUUAUGCCAUUGCACUCACCCCAGGACACUUUUGGGCUCCAUAUAUUUAACAUUGUGUAAAUUAUAUGAAUUUUACUGUUGGGGGGGGGGGGGCACGUUUGUGAAUUCACCCCAGGUGGCUCCGAGUCUUGUUAUGCCAUUGCACUCACCCCAAUCCUACAUCCUGGACCAACACCAAAAAAAAAACUAAUGUUAAACAUAGAGUUCUCCGUACCGCUACAUCACACGGACCUAGCAUACCUCACAGCCGUUCACCCUAAUACUGGCUCUUAGUAAGAGCGAUUUAUCAAAGUCUCUAUAAUAUUACUCAAAGUUAGUCACUCAAAGCUAGUCAUAGUCAGUUAACUUAACAAGCAAACACCAACAUUAGCAAUAUCAACAAAAACCAAUUGCGUAAGAGAAAAAAAUUAUACUGGAUUAUUCUGAUUUGGAAAAAUGGAGAUUAUUGUUUUGAAUAUUUUACAGCAUUGUUAAUUACCUUACAAAAUAACAUAUAUCCAGGAACACAAAAAUUUACGUUCUUGACAUAUUCAAUCAUUCCUUUGCGGAGUGCAAGACUGCAUAAACAGCUUAUUCAAGUGAAUUUAAUUUAACUUUUAGUUUCAAGAUAUUUUGAACACAUCCAGCCCCUAACAGAUAAGUUCUCCCCCAAUGUAUACUUUUUGUAUUAUAUUUCACAGGUAGUUGUGACCAUAACAGUAGAGAUUGAACGAUUUCUAAGUCUUUAUGAAUUCUAGUCUCGCAUAGAUCCAAGCAGCUCAAAGAUCAAACAAACCUCGAGAAGACGUCAGGAAAAAGCAGUUUACACAAUUUGAGACCCGCCUAACGCUCAAAACAUGCCUAAAAUUACGCAGAUUCCCGUCCCCCAACGCAAAGAAAAGUCGACCUUACUGGCAAUCAACUUAGAAUCUAUCGCUCUCCUGGUGACCUUCAUCUGCGUCAACGCCGUGGCCUUCACCAUCAAACCGGAUGUGGCCGCCAUGAUGAUCGUGCCCAACAUUUUCGUGCUCUUCCUGGUGGACCUAGUCGGCCGCAGCAUCACCGCUACGAUGUUCGUACUGGCCCCAGCACUUAUGGCCGUCUACAACACAGAAACGUUUUACAUCUUGGCCGUGCACAGCAUUUUCUACCUGGCCAUCCUUUUGGUACGACAAUUUACUAUGUCUAGGGUUACCAUGCGUCCGGGUUUCCCCGGACAUGUCCUCUUUGUUUUUUUAGGCCCCUGUCCGGGCGGCUUUCCAGGAAUAUGGCUUUUGUCAUGGUUUUCCCCCUGUCCGUCCCCGGUUGAUAAGUUCUUACUUGCUUUUUCGUGUUACCGAGAAACAUACUUUUCUGUUCCGUGACCUAAGCACGUGAGCUGGCAGUACUUAGUCCAAUGGUAAGGGUUAGUAAGGUAACCCUCGAAACUUUCUGAUUCCGGAACCAUUUUUGUAAUCAUAACGCAUAAUGGCAACACGAGUUCAUGAUAACUGAUAAACAGUUAAAAUCAUUAAGUUGAAUAAGAAAUAAUUGAUUUAAAAAAUGCCCAAGUGUGGGUUUUUUUUUAACAGAAGCACUGAAAAACUCCCGAUGCACAGGUUUUCGUGCAGCUCGAUAUGACGGGGCAGCUGAAUGUUUGACAUGGGGCAGCGUAAGUUAUAACUCCGUUCCCGAUAAGAAUGUACUGGAUUCAUAGGCACGCGUCGAAUCGUGUUAAGGGUGGUCUCGGAAUAAAAAUUCAUUUACGAAAAGUUAACAUAUUUUUCGUAACACCGGGUUCUGAAAGUGACGAACCUGGUUCAGCAGCAAAAAGCUUAUGGUUGUGUGUUUCACGGUGUCACGCACAAUGACAGCUAUAAAAAUCAACGGACCGCCGUUGUCGCUUGUUAAAUUAAACACUAAUGUAAUGUUUACUGAACACUCGCUUACUGAUGCAAGUUUAUGAUUUAAACUAUUUACAAUAAGAAAACUCGUUUAUGUAGUUCAACUUUCCUUUUUUCUUCUUCUUUACAUGUAGUUUAACUUUACGUCUCUAUUUUACAACACUUAACAUUGGCGUAGUCCUAGGAGAUGGCUACGGGUUGGUAACCGGAGUUGAUGACAAUCGUACGUCCUCUUUAUCAUCUGAGGACUUUUGUUAGCCAGGGCCGGUGAUAGGGAGGGUGGGGGGCCUUGGGCAAAUUUGAAUUUUGCGGUGCCGCUGACGUUAUAUAUUCCGCCGAUAGGAUUAUUAAGACACGUUAUAGUCGUACUGGGGGCUUGCUGGUCAUAAUGGGACGCCUCAUAACGGAUAUUUGUUCACUCGCUUAGUUUCCGAAAUUUCAGAGCAUUUGACUAUCAAAAUAACUCCGAAUAUUGUGUUGGCUGGAUUAGGAACUAUUAGUAGGCUUAGGUAUAUUAUAAAUAUACUACAGUGACGUGCGGGGCGCGGUCGCCCACUUCGCCAACCCCUAGCGCCGGCCCUGAUGGCAGCCCUACCUAUGCCACUAGAGUGCCUCUAAAGCAGGAAUAGUUUUGAUAUGACAAACUAUACCCAUACAAACUAUACCCAUACAAAUUAUAAGUAACCUUAUAAGGAAAAUUAGAUUUGUAAUUUUUUUAAAAUAAAAAAUAAAUCUUGCUAUAGUAGGAUGAGUAGUUUCGCUACCAUGCGCAUGAUUCGACUACUGUGUUAUCAGUUACUUAAGCUGGAACGAUUGACAUAAACAAAGAUUCUAGUUACCGGUACUUGAAAUAACUAAACUUGCAGUUGAUUUGACAGUGACACAUAUUGACCUUAAACUUUAAAAUGUAUUUAUUAAUUGGACUAAAUCCUCGACUUGGACGUUGGAUAGUGUGGGGCUAGCCAUCUUUUUUCUCAUUUCUAUUCAUUAAUAAUUUUGUGUACUUCCCCCCUAGAAGCAUGUGGCAGAGAAAAAUACGGAUUUUACCCUGGAGUGAACACGAGAAUCCAGCAGUUUACAUCGAUUGAACCAUAGAGAAUACAGAGAUCCCCGUGGAAAUGGAGCAGAGAACGCAGAAUCCCCAAUGGAUAUGGAGUAGAGAACGCAGAAUCCCCAAUGGAUAUGGAGUAGAGAACGCGGAAAUCACCAUGGAAAUGGAAUGGGCUAGAGAACACAGAUCAACAAAGGUUAAGACCAGAGAACAGAAAACAUCAUGGAAUGAUCUAAAAAAAAAAAAAAAAAAAAAAAAAAAAAAAAAAGAGGGAAAGAAAAAAAAAAAAAAAAAAAAAAAAAAGAAAACAAAAAAAAAAAGGUUAAAAAAAGAAAAAAAAAAACAUCAUGGAAUGAACUAAAAAAAAAAAAAAAAAAAAAGAAUUAGAAACGUGGGGUCAUGAGAUGCGAAACAAAAAUAUAAAGCUUAUUGAUUAGUGUAACUAAAUCAGGAGUAUAAGCCUUUGUAAUAAUCUUGGAGCUUUAAGAAUUUUUUUAAAAAACCAACAACAGAGAAAUUAGCUCCAUAGUUUUGAGCAUGGAGGCUUUCCAUCAGCCUCAAAAGAAAAUUAUGGAAAUGAACACAAUGUAUUUUAUGUUUAAAUUUUGACUCAAAUUUUGUGAUCGAAUUGUCAAAAAAUGUAUACCAUUAAUUAUUCAUUGAGCCAUAAUUAUUUAAGAAAAUCAAGAACUAGAUUUUUUGAAACAAAAUGUUACCACUGAAAGGGCA